UUCUGUGAUUAAAGUUUAUAAUGUAGUGUAUAAUGGAUGACUCAAAUGAUUUCUGUGCAGAGUUAAAUAGACGGACAAAAUCAAUUCAUGAUAAAUCUGAUAAAGCUACUCGGAUCAAGCUUGCUGUAGCUUUAACGGAUGUAACAAUUUAUACCCAAGUUUUGGGAGAUUUCUAUUACGUUUUCAAAACAAUUGAAGAACUUAUUUCAGAGAAUGCACAUUCAGUCAAUAUUUCAGCACUUUGGCUGCCUAAGUUAUGCAGAAGAAAAAAAAUUGAGCAAGAUUUGGCCUAUUAUCUGGGCUUAGGUUGGAAAGAUAUCACAAAACCUUCACCGGCUGCACAACAAUAUGUUUCACACCUAGAAGAAAUUUGUGGAGAGAAUCCAGACAUUUUAAUUGCUUAUGUGGCAGUGAUUCCCAACCCUUUAUGGCUCAUGGCCCCCCUGUUUAUCAUUCCAGUGCCUUAUUUUUUUGCAGCCCUUCUGGCUGGUGGUUACAUAUUACGGAAGAUUAUAAGACGAACUCUGGGAUUAUCUACAGAUGAUGGAUUGAUGAUCUUUCAUUUUUCCGAAGGGUCUAGAAUAGAACUGAAAAAUCAUAUAAAAAAAUGCAAUAAAUAGAAUGGACCUGGAUGUUGACUUGAAAGAACAGAUUGUGCAGGAAAAGAUUAAAAUAUUUGAAAUGAACAAUGAAAUCAUCGCCAACGUGCAACCCAAGCUCAGUUCCUACAGCAGGUUAUUGAAAUUUUUACUGGUUAUUUUAGUAUUCAUCGUUGCUAUCAUCUUUUUUUGCUUGGUGCCAAACUAGAUUGUGAUGUAACUGAAUUGCCGAAAAUACAAUAGAAAGUUAUACAAACCUGCCAUGAUAUUUUUGACAGAGUUUCAAUGACAACACUUGUGACAGGGUGAUGCGAAACUACUGCUUACCCACAUUAGCCUAGGAUAUUUUCACUACUGUAAUGUUAUUAGGUUUUCUUGUAUAAUUGCUUGCUACAAUACUGAAUGCCAUAUUGUAAAUUGAAGAAAAAAAUUGCUUAAUUUUUAUGAAAGUUUACAUGCAUCAAUACAAAAUAUAGGUAAUCUUG